AUGGAUAUGGCUUAUUGGGGGGGAGCAGCACCUGAUAGUGACAAGUGCGCAUGCGGGAUGAAAGGCACGUGUGCAAAAAGGGGUGAUCGUUGUAACUGUGACAUGAAUGACCGUAAAUGGCGUGAGGACAGUGGUCUCCUCAAUGAAAAGACACAUCUACCAGUUAAACAGUUGCGGUUUGGUGAUGUCGAUGUUCACAAUGGGUUUGACGAGGUGGGCUACCAUACUUUGGGAAAGUUUAAGUGUUACGGAAUCGUCUGAUUAAAAAAAAAAGAGAACAAAAAUCAAAUCACCUAUUUAAACAACAAUGCUUUUCUACUGGUAUAAAACUAAACCGUAACUGAACUUUCGAAUCACCAAAUAAGCAUCAAUCUACAUUUCCGAGUCACUGUUGUAACAACAUGCUGUGAUAGUACGAAGGUCAACCAUGGUAAGGGUUUAUUAUGUUCUGAUCAACCAUGCUAUAAACGAUUACAAGGUGUUUUUUAUCUUUGAGAAAUCAGAGUAUAUUCAUCACUCGAUAAAAUUAUGUAUUCUCUCAUUAAGUAAGAAAAUAUUUGACAAGGCUGUUCACCAUAGCCUGAGGCCUCAGCAGGUACUUGCGAGACAUGUUGCCACUGGUGAUAAUUAGUAAAGAUAUGAAACUAAUUUCCUUUUCUCACCAUUUUCUAAGGGUGAUUCGCUGCAGCUUAGAGGAAAUUCAUGUGAUAAACAAGAAACACACAUCAUUAAAGAUGUUUCUCAAAUAAGCGCCCGCGCUCAAAAAAGCGCCCUCCUUCGAAAAAGCGCCUACCCCUAUGACCACAUUAACAAACAAGUGCCAUUCUUAAAUAAACGCCCCUCCCCUCCUUCCUCACUUUCUCAGGUAGUAGGCUUACUACAAACACCUUUUUCCAUUGCCUCUCCAUUUUAAACUUUCCAAGCUUCAGCUAUAGCGGAAGCAGUACUGCGAUAGAAGAUUGUUCUUUUUUCGUUAAAGCCACUUCCGUUUCUUCUUUCUCCGUGUGGUUACAGAAUUCCUUUAUGUGCGUUAUCCGUUCUUGAUUUUUAUUACUUUUUACUGCGCUAGGUUAAUAGGCGCCCCCCUCAAUUGGGCGCUCUCCUUUCAAUUAGCGUCCCCCUUUUUAGUCGAAAUUUCUACUUUCUUGUUUUGACUCGAAAACCAGAAAAAGAAAAAGUUUUAUAGGCAAAAUCUCUUUUGUGGUUGUUCCGCACGUGCUCGUCUAUCGCAUUCUAUCUAGGUUGAAACGAAAUUUCCGAAACAUAUUAGCAUUUGGAAAAAAAAACGAAGAAAUAUUGCAUCAAGGAUGCAUAAAUUGAAACUUCCGUAAUUUGAAUGACUCAGUAGGCGGGUUUAAUUCAUAAACGUUAAUCCAAAAAAGUAAAAUUCGCAAAUGGAUGUUAUUGGAAUUAGUUUAUUCCUAAGUCUUUUGAGGAAUAUCGCAUCUAAUAUCCUUGAAUUAUUCACAAAACACAAAUUGAAUGUUGACUUUAUGGAGGCCUCCGGUUGUCACUCUGGUGGUUUAGAAAGCAUUCCAUAUCAAUAAAUAAUCACUGCACCUGCUGCAUUUUAAGUUCAUCCGGUCUGAAGCGAUAACUACUAACUAUGAACUAGGUGGUAGCUGCAGUUCUUUAAACUGUUUUACCAGCGCCCUCAAGUGUUAGCACAAGAAUGAACUCUACGGAUUAUUUCAAGAGGGGAGCCAGAACUUUCCCUGUUAUCCUUGGUAUUUUGCUCGGAAUCACUUUUGCAUCGGUUUUUGCUUGCAAUGGUAAGUAUAAUUCGUUUGAUAGUUAUGAAUUAAAAACUACAGUUCUACAAAUCUAUUUGUAGCGUGAUAGAAACAAGAACUCUUGUUCAUAAAGUUUUAGGAAUUAUCCACUUGGAUAUUUUCAAACGAGAGUUCAAGAAAUCAAUUAAUAUCACAAAGAACUGACAAAUGUGAUGAAAAAUGCAAAUCGAGUCUUAGAAUUUCACUGGAUACUCUUUUUAGUCUUUAUUAUAAUCAAACCGUAUUUUAUCAUCUCAGUACAUGUUCACAACCUGAAUGGUGGCUUUUAAUAAUACCUCGAGUACAUCUUAUCCUGCACAAGGAGCAACUCUAAGUUAUUGGGGAAAUUUGGUUGAAAUUAUGAAUUUUUAUUGGGUUCCACAACAGAAGACGAAUGCUGCAUCAUCAUCUUCGAGGAACCGUUACCAAAUAAGGCAAUUAAUGGUCACGUUAUCAGGAGCGAAGAGGUAACUAAUGAGGGGAGCUGCCGGAUGAUGUGUUAUAUGGAGCCUAACUGUGUUACCGUGAGUUUAAGACCCGUACACGGAGGAAAAUACAAAUGUGAGUUGAAUAACGCCACAGUUGAUGAAAGUAAACUGACCUUCCUUGAGGAUUUGGGCGCUUACUACCUGGCUAUCGAGGUAAUGUUUAAGGUUUGAAUAAUAGAAGAGGGUAUAUUAAGUUGCUCCUUAUAGAAAGAGCUGAAUUAGAAUACGUUUCUGGUUUUGAAAAUUAGAGAAGACAAAAACUAAAAUAAAAACAAGGCAACUUGAGGUCAACAGAUCAUUUAGUUGAUCUUCGUUUUUCCUCAAGGCUAUUGCAGGAGGAUGAAAGAGAAGAAAACUUAAGAUAGCGGCUUCGAAGUAGGUCAAUAAAUAAAUAAAACAGCCAUGCACAGACCAAGUUUUUCAAAACGGAAUUUGCAUCUCACUAGCAUAGACAGGUUUUGCGGAAACUGUUCUGUCUUUGUACCAUAUGUAAGAUCUGAAGGGAUUUUUUUAGAGCUUGUUUCUUUGAUUUUAUUCACCUCAUGUUUAUAUUCUGAUCUUACGAUUUAGAUUGUCGCUAUUUCAACAGAAUCCCUGUAGUAGCAGUCCUUGUUUAAAUAACGGAACUUGUCAAGUUGGUUUUACCAGCAAAGGAUUUCGAUGUGUCUGUGUUCACGGAUUUGUUGGAGAAAACUGCGGUGAUACUAUGAAAUUCUUUUUUGAAUUGUACUUAUUUCCUUUUAUGAAUUAAUGAAAAGACUUAGUUUGCUCUUGUGAAAGUUAUGAUAAACAUCAGACAGAAAUACCAUUAGCAAACGUAAAGUGCACCGUCGCGGGUACUGGAAUGACAUAUACUUUUUCAAUCUGCCUUAUACUCAUCACGUUACCUGUCUUUCUCUCAAAAAUAGAGUUAAAUGGGGAUUCACAAAACUAAUCGUUGUUUUACUCAACUUGCAGUAGGUUACAACUAAGAAAAAAUUUGAACUUUUUAAGGAUGUACACCAUCAACAACAUGGUAACUUUCUAGGAAAAAAUCUUUGUCAAAGAUCCUGUAUUUAUAUCAGAUACGGCUGCGCUCAUAUUUAUGACGAACUGUGGCAUAAUUGAUUCUUCAAAGUAACAGUGCGAAAAAAAUUGCUUUUUCUCAAUACUUCAAUCACUUUCUUUUUAUAUCGAUUGUGAUGGAAAAGAUAGUUUUUAAUUAUCAAAACAACAUUACUGUAAUCCAUCGUGAGGCUCCCUUCAGCAAGUUAUUUAAAGAAACUUUUGAUUAAAUAGUUGUCUUUCUUUAUCACCACAGUGCCACCAAAGUCUUGCAGCCAUUUAAAAAAGCUCCGUCGUGAAGCAAAAAGUGGACUAUACACGAUUGAUCCAGACAGUGAAGAUGAAUUGCUGCCUUACAAGGUCAUGUGUGACAUGACUGACAAAAACGGAGUUGGCGUGACUGUCAUAAGUCACGACAGCGAAGACAGAACAUUGGUGAAAGGAUGCGAAGAUGCAGGCUGUUACUCGCGCAACAUUAACUAUACAGGAGCGAGCCUCUUUCAGCUUAAAAGUCUGACUACUGUUUCCCUUCACUGCGAGCAGUUCGUUAAGUACGAGUGCUACCACUCCAGAAUGAAGGGGUUCGCCUGGUGGUUGUCACGUGAUUUGAAGAAAAUGACCUACUGGGGAGGUGCAAAACCGCGUUGUGACGUCGGUCAUGAUGGAUUAACUGGCGCAUGCGGAAUGAAGAAGACAUGUGCUGAAGCAUGCUAUUGUUGUAACUGUGAUGCGAAUGAUCCACAGUUGCGUGAAGACAGUGGUUUCCUCUCUAACAAGGCCGAUCUGCCAGUCAAGCAGCUAAGGUUUGGAGAUACGGGUCAUAACAGCGAGCAUGGCUACCAUACCUUAGGAAAGCUGAAGUGCUAUGGAACUGCUUAA